CCUUUGCACUCUAGAACAACGCACUCGUGCAACCUGAUCGACACUUGCCUCGUUUUUCUUCGUGCGAGCUCAUUGCUUUUGUGACAUUUUAUCCUUGUGCCGCCUCGGGCAAAAAAGAAAUUUGCUCGAUAAGUCGGCCUAUCUCGAUCGCUUCAAGCGUGGCUUCCGCUGUCACCUUCCGUCUAUUUUCGUGAGUCAUUCCAAUGCAGUCCCCAGACAGAACUGCAUCUACUUCCAGUACUGUGCCAUCUCCGUUUUUUACACCAACUUCGGAAACUUCCUCUCAACAACGUGACGAGCAUCAACAUCAGCAUCGCUUGGAACAGUCCAAUAUGCCUGCAAAUCCGGUGACAGAUCGUCAGGAGGAGCAGGAGCAGCCUCAACAGCGACAGCAACAGCAGCCAGAGUCUCAGGAAGAGAACACUAAUACAGAGGUCACUGGCUCAACGACUUCUUCUACAGUGGCUGUUGCAUCGAACGUGACCUCCACAAAUGGCAAGUCUCAUAUAGAGCUUGCAGUUGCGGCAACGACUCCCAAGGAGGACAUUGUCAAAGGUGCAGAAGUGAAAGCAAAAGCGGACAGCAAGAAAUCAAAAUGCAAGCCCCAUAAGCAUCGUGCAGCGGUGAAGAAGUGCGCUAGCAAAAAGAGUAAGAAAAAGAAGCAUGCUAAGGUUGAGUCUUCCUCCGAGGAGGAAAAGACGUCAUCUUCUGAAUCAGAGUCAUCCAGCUCGUCUGAAUCAGAAGACUCAGACUCUGUAGACACAGAAUCCGAAACUACCGAGAGCGAAAGCGAAUCGGAUAGACAUAGAAGAAGACGCAACAAGGCCAAAAAGGCAAAGAAGUUGAAGAAGAAGAGACGCCAUCGCCGUGACGAAGAGACCACCGAUUCCGAGAUGACCUCGAGCAGCGAUGAAGAUUCCCUAGCGGACCAGAGAGCUUUGAAAGAAAAGCUGGCAAGAAUGGCGAAAAAACAACGCAAGGCGAAGAAAUUGGCUAAGAAAUAUCUAUCCGACGAGGAGGAUGAAGAAGAUGUACCUGACUCGGACCAACUCAGACUACGAAGGCAACUGGCUAAUCUUAAAUUAUUGCAGGGAGGGAAUCGUCGUCGACUAAAGAUCAAAGAAAGUAAAGGAGAGAAGAGCAAGAAAGGGAAGAGUAGAAGGGCUUCGAAAGUUGCAUUCAAGCGGGUUGAUGAACUAUGGGACAGUACUAUUCACAACUUCAAGCUUCGAGAAACCAUGGACGACCCCGAUGCCGACGAAUUUGACCAAUAUAUUUUCAAUGUUCGCCGCAAAUUUGACUGGGAAAACAAAUAUGUGGAUACCUUGGUAGAUAUCAAGAGCAAGCCCCUGAGGGAUGCUCUGGCCACCGUAAUGGAUGGGGUCAAGGGCGUGAGUUUGGUGGCAGAGACCCCAGUGAUCGAUCCAAACAUGCUCUUCUUGUAUCUGGAGGAAACUCGAGCUUACAUGAAGACGUUGAAAAAGACUGUCAAGACAGAAAAGAAGAAGAAAGCUCGGAAACUGGCUGCUCUCAAAGUUGCUCAUCUCAAAGUCCUGAUUAAAUAUCUUGACACGGACUACGCCGAGACUAAGAAGACACUUUAUCCGUUGCUUGAGUCCAACAUGAUCACAUUCGAUCUUCUUUGGGCACUGUUCAAGCCUAACACUAUAGCCUACACUACGACAUACGGUCAUACCGACGAGCCUCGGGCGUUCAAAAUUGAAUAUGCUACCAAGGAGUCAUCGUUCAUGAAGGGGUCGUGGUACAUGGUUGAGGGCAAGUAUCUCGAAUAUGACGGUAAAACAUUUGGCAUGGGUACCAUGGUUGCAGAUGUUGAAUUCUUCAAAGGAGCUCGCAAGAUCACUAGUCUGGCUUGCUAUCCUCUUAAAUACCACCGCGAUUCUGAAGCCCUAAGGACAAAACUCAUCGAACGUGGAAAGCAAUUUGUCUCUCUGCGUGGUAUGAAUUAUCGUUUCCACAAGGGUAUGGCCUUCUUCAAGAAGAAGCGCUCUGUUAUCAAAGUCAAUAUCAAUGGACGAGUGAUGAUCGACCCCGCGCUUCACCGUCGUAUCAACCCUAACUACCCAAUCAGCACAGUCAGACCUAAGGACCCUGAUGAUCUCGAGUCGGAGUCUGGAGAAGACAGUGAUGAAUGCGAUUGUGGAGGAUCAUCAUCCGGAGCAGACCACGGCGGCGACUUGAGCCACGAUUCCGACCCACCACGCCCCGUGUACAAAAUCAUGCGUGACAAAAAGGGCAAGGCUCAUGUUGUUCAAGUCGAAUACGACGAGAACGGCAAUGAAAUCACCAAAAAGGAAGAUCUUGAAUUGCUCGAAAAUGAAAAGCAAGACGGUGAGACAACUCCAGAACCGGAGUUCACAGAAGAAGAGCUCUUGAUUGCUAGCCCCGUUGUUUUGGGAUUCGCUUUUAGCGAGAAGCUAUGGCUCGAAUUCAGUGUCUCUGGCGUGAAUGAGAUUGAGUGGAACGAUGGCGCGUUUGAUUCUCUGGUCCUACCUGACAAUCAGAAAUCAAUCGUUAAAGCGCUCGUGGAAUCUCACACAUUCAACGCCGCGCAAAACAUCGACGACGUCAUUCAGGGCAAAGGAAAAGGCCUCGUGGCUGUACUACAUGGACCUCCAGGAACAGGCAAAACAUUGACCGCAGAAGGUAUCGCCGAACUUCUAAAACGACCUCUCUACAUGGUCAGCGCUGGUGAACUAGGCACAGACUCACGUACCCUCGAAGGCGAACUGAACAAAAUCCUCGACAUUGCCCAUUCCUGGGGCGCUGUCCUACUCCUCGACGAAGCAGACGUGUUCCUCGAGAAGCGCACAAUCCAGGAUAUCCACCGCAACGCCCUGGUCAGCAUCUUCCUCCGUCUUCUGGAAUAUUUCCAGGGUAUCCUAUUUUUGACUACAAAUCGCGUCGAAACUUUUGACGACGCGUUCCAAUCCCGUAUCCAUAUUGCUCUUCGAUACGGCGAUUUGACCACAAAAGCGAAACGGAGUGUAUGGAAAAUGUUCCUGGAAAAAGUUAAAUCUAUCGAUGGUGUUGAGACCAAUACUUUUACGGAUAAGGAUCUCGAUGUUCUUGCACGUCACAACCUCAAUGGACGACAGAUCAAAAACUCCGUCCGAACCGCUCAAGCCCUCGCCGUCAACGAAAAAUUACCCCUAUCAAUGUCCCAUAUCAAACGCGUUCUAGACGUAGCCGAAACAUUCGAUCAUGAUCUCAAAGGUGGAACGGGUUAUAUGGAUGCUAUGAGGAGUUAUACUUAACGUCACCCCCCUCCCUUCGUCUUUCAUGUUAUUUUCAUUUUCAUUCUGUUUUCUUUUUGGAUCUCGUUUUUUCGGGGUGUCCGCGGUUUAGGAAGGUAUGAAUUAACGAACUGAUAUGGAUGACACGAAUGAAUCAACGACAGAUACUUUUGCCUGUCUGAUUUCCUUUUCCCUCUUUCUUAUUUAUUGAUCUAUUCAGCCGAUUUCAUUUAUUCGAUUCAGUUCUUGUAUUGGUUCGAUAAUACAACACCCAUUUUGGUAUUCAAUGAUAGUUACGUUUAAUAG